AUGAGAAAACUGCCAUUUGAGAAAGAUGGGCUUAAAAAAGGUCCAUGGACAGAAGAAGAAGAUCUCAAACUCAUCCAAUACAUUCGAGCACAUGGACCUGGGAAAUGGCGAAGCCUUCCCAAAUACGCUGGGCUUCAGAGAUGUGGAAAAAGCUGUCGCCUUCGAUGGACAAACUACUUGAGGCCUGAUAUAAAGAGAGGAAGAUUUUCAUUUGAAGAAGAAGAAACCAUCAUCCAACUACAUAGCAUUCUUGGGAAUAAGUGGUCAUUAAUAGCUGCUCGCUUACCUGGAAGAACGGACAAUGAAAUCAAGAACUACUGGAACACCCACAUACGGAAAAGGCUACUCAAGAAUGGAAUUGAUCCAGUGACUCAUAAUCCUCGCAUUGACUUCUUGGAACUUUCAUCCAUACUGAAUUCAGCUUGGUUUAAUCUCUCAAACCUACUUAACCUUCAAACUCUUGUAAAUCCUCAAGUUCUAACGCUUGCCACAUUCUUGGGAUCAUCCUCAUGUUCAUCAAAUAAAGAAAACCAUGAGUUGUUUUUCAAUCGCCUCUUAAAUCCUAUGAACCCGACUCUUAAUCAGCAAAAUCGACCUUUAAGUGUCCCAAGCACUCGAAUUUUGAAUCCAAGACACCUCAUGCAAACAAAUGAUAUGCAAGAUUUUCCAGAGAGCUUGGUUAACCUUAAAUGUGAUACCAUACAAGAUGUUAUGAUGCGUACAUGCGUGACGGACGAUUGUUUUGACAUUCCAAAUUACAACAAACAAGCAUCUGAAAGCUUAAAUUUUCAACCAUCAUAUGGGGGAAAUGAUUUACCUACAACCCAACAUGUCAACUAUGACUCAUCAUCCAUGCCGAGCCCUACACCAUUAGUUUCGUCAUCAACAAUAAUCAAUAAUAGCAGCAAUGAGGAUGAGAGAGAAAGUUAUAGUAGUAACAUGUUCAACUUGGAAUAA